AUUUCCUGCUCGAUCAGAUCAGUGACAGAUAAGUUGCCUAUCUGCCUGCAAAUUACAGGGUUCUAGUGUUUUUUUGUGAGGCCGCGUUUAAUGUUGGCAACACGUUAGUGUAGUUCUUUUUCACAGGCAAAUCGCAAAAGCAAGUUCAGGAUGUUGAUGCCCAAGAAAAAUAGGAUUGCCAUCUACGAAUACCUUUUUAAGGAAGGCGUAAUGGUGGCCAAAAAGGAUUACCACGCACCCAAACAUCCAGAAUUGGAGUUGAUUCCAAACUUGCAGGUUAUAAAGGCAAUGCAGUCUUUAAAAUCGAGGGGUUACGUCAAAGAGCAAUUCGCAUGGAGACACUUCUACUGGUAUUUGACAAACGAAGGUAUCGAAUAUUUAAGAACGUUACUUCACUUACCGUCAGAAAUUGUACCAUCUACAUUGAAACGGCCGGUCAGACAAGAAACUGCCAGACCUCGUGCAGCACCCACAGCUGGUCGGGAGUCGUCCAAACCAUCCGAGGACCGUGUUGGAUAUAGAAGGACCGGUGCUGCGCCUGGCUCAGAUAAGAAGGCAGAUGUUGGUGCUGGUACAGCUGAAAUGGAAUUCAGAGGUGGUUUUGGACGAGGAAAAAGUGCACCUCUAUAAAUUAAUUUUUAUAAUGUAUUAUAUAUAAAGAUCAAUAAAUACAUUUGAUCACAUCCGUG